GCAUACGGGAGACGGUGGUUCGAAUCCCGCUUGGGGCAAAAAAUGAGCACAUAACACCAUCCAGUGUGGGUCCUUGGGCAAGAUCCUUCACGCUAAUGCCUACCUCAUACAAUGAUGAGAGACAAUAAAAUGAAUGACAUGCCGGCUCAGACGUCGCCCGGCCAAACAAGGUCUGCGUCAGGUGCUGGGGAACCAGAGCACCUUGAUGAAAAAUGGGCUACUGGAACAAACCGGAGAUGGGCGAGAUGUGAUAACAUGGCUCUGUUGGAAUGCUACUACUCAAGCAACCCUAGUCAGAGGGGUUACAUGGAGAUAAUGUGGGAUAAAUGGUUACUUCGAAACCCACAGUUACGGUUGACCACGAAACAACUAGUAGCUCAGUGUUCCAACAUCCACAAACGGCAACUGGUGUCACAACUUGAGAUUGAUGAGGUACAACGCAGGUUCCAUGGUGAAGGGCCCCAAGCUGCCAGCUCAGAGGAGGAGGUCAUACCAGAGAUUGGGAGGCAAGCCCCAAUGAAUGCAGAUGAUGAGUUGGGGAGGCCAGACCCAAUGAAUGAAAUGCUGAGCGAGGCAGCAACUGACCUGAAAGCUAAGAUCAUGGCGAGAAUGAAAGCUGGGCAACCUAGAAACUGAUUACAACGGCUAUGUGAAGUACCACCUGAAAGUCUCAUGGAAACUGUGAAUGCAGCACUGAGGGCGAUCCCUACCGUAACGAUCACGGAAACCAAUGAGCUGAUAUACGCUUCAGCAUCAGUGAUCCUUGAGAUGCUUGGCUAUAAGCGCAACCAUGGAAGCCAUGAGAUACGUUACCCACCAUGGAAAAGACGGUUGGAGGCUAAAAUCAAGGUGGCUCGGAAAGAUGUGAGUCAAUUGACGGAGGCCCAGAGAGGUGUGAUGAAAAGGCCGAUACCCGAGAGCUACAUCCAGAUGACCAUACCUGAAGCACUCGAAACUGCAAAACAAAGGCUCCAAGACAGUGUCCAGCCGCCUAAAGCGGUACACGAAAGAGAAUGAGGCCAGACGAAUAAACAGGCUGUUCGCAACACAACCUGCGAAAGUGUACGCUCAGUGGCAGGGUCCUAACAGGGCUGACCCACCAAGACUGGAAACUGAAAGUACUGGAAAGGCAUAUUGGAAAAGGAAGUUAUACAUAACAGCAGUGCAAAAUGGCUGGUGACCCUGAGAGAGGAGCACAGCAAACUCCCUGAACAGAUCCCAGUUACCAUAACAGUGGCAGACAUACAGGAAAGAGUCUCAGAUAUGAAGAACUGGACAGCACCAGGCCCGGACAUGGUCCACACCUACUGCCUAAAGAAACUCACAGCACUCCAUGAGCGCCUAGCAGCACAAAUGAACCAGCUGCUGAGGGAUGGGACUCACCCAGGAUGGCUAACCGAAGGGCGAACGAUCCUGAUCAUGAAGGAUCCCUCAAAGGGUGCAGUCCCAUCCAACUAUCGGACAAUAAUCUGUCUCUCCACAACAUGGAAGCUCAUGUCAGGCAUCAUUGCGGCUAAGAUAAUUGGACACAUGGAUCAAUACAUGAGCGAAGCACAGAAGGGCAUUGGUAGAGAUACCAGAGGAGCCAAACAUCAGCUCCUGGUUGACAGAACAGUCGCACAAGACUGCAGGUCCCGACGUACUAACCUGUGCACAGCCUGGAUUGAUUACAAGAAAGCCUAUGACUCGAUGCCACAUACACGGAUCACUGAAUGCUUGGAGUUGUAUAAGGUGAACAGGACCCUAAGAGCCUUCGUUGCGAACUUGAUGAGGAUGUGGAAAACCACACUUGAAGCCAAUGGCAAGGCACUUACCCAAGUGUCCAUCAAAUGUGGCAUAGACCAAGGUGAUGCACUCUCCCUACUGCUGUUCUGCAUAGGACUGAACCCGCCAAGCCAAGUAAUCACCAAGACAGGCUAUGGAUACUACCUCAGAAAUGGAGCUACAAUCAAUCACCUCCUCUACAUGGAUGACAUAAAGCUGUAAGCUAAGAGCGAAAGGGACAUGGACUCCCUGAUCCACACAACCAGGAUCUACAGCAGCGACAUCGGGAUGUAAUUCGGGCUUGAGAAAUGUAGUCGGAUGGUGACUAAGAGAGGAAAGGUAGUCCGCACUGAAGGGGUCUCACUCCCUGAAGGAACAAUAGCAGACAUUGAGGACAGCUACAAGUACCUCGGUAUACCACAAGCCAAUGGCAACCUCGAACUGGCAACAAGGAAAGUGGCUACAGCCAAAUACCUCCAGCGAGUGAGGCAAGUCCUAAGAAGCCAGCUCAAUGGCAAGAAUAAGACCCUGGCAAUA